GUGUGGGUCAAACUCUGAGUGGAUGAUACAAAAGCUAACUUGCCUUUUUCAUGUCUGUUAAGUAUUUCACUGAUGUUUAUUCAACGCUUAUCAAUCAAGAUGGAGCUGUACAUAACAAUUCUUACUUUAACCACUGUUCUCUCAACUGAUGCUGAAAUUUUACAUGAAUAUUUUGGAAUUCAUGGAUGCUCUGAGACAGAUGGAGAGGAUAUGCAUGGACUUGAUGGAGAAGAGAUGUGGCAUGCUGACUAUAAUCAGAAGAGAGGAGUAGUAACAUUGCCUGAUUUUGCAAUUCCUAUGGAAUUUCCUCAUUUUUAUGAAAAAAGUGUUAUUGAAAUGAAAGGAUGCAAAAAUGAUAUACCCUUUUUGACUAAAAUUUUCAAGAGCCCACCACCAGAAAUGGAUGCACCAAAGACAUCCAUCUAUCCAAAGGAUGAUGUAGAGCUGGGUGUUCAGAACACCCUCAUCUGUCAUGUGACUGACUUCUAUCCUCCAUCUCUCAGCAUCUCUUGGACUAAGAAUAAUGUUAAUGUGACAGAGGGCAUGAACUUAAGCCAAUACCGACCAAGAGCAGAGGGUACCUUCAACAUCUUUUCCACUCUUAGCUUUACACCAGCUGAAGGAGACAUUUACAGCUGCACAGUGAACCACAUAGCCCUCCAGGGUCAACCUCAGACCAAAAUAUGGGAUGUGGAUGUUGCUCUCCCAAGUGUUGGUCCAGCUGUGUUUUGUGGAGUGGGUCUGACACUUGGACUGCUGGGAGUCGCUGCUGGAACUUUCUUCCUCGUUAAAGGAAACAACUACAACUGACUAUCGUCCACCCAGAAAUAAUACAAAUUACAAAUUUGCUUAAUGAGUUCACUGUAUUUUUAACUUCACUGUGUUCAGCAUCUUACAAUGUUAUAUUGGGUGAUUUUAAUAUACACGCAAUGUCAAUAACACUGUCACCAGGGAUUUAUAUCAAGCCUUUACAGUUUUGAAAUAUAACAAACUGUUAAUUUUCCUACUCACUUUAAAGGCCACAUUCUAGAUCUCAUUUGUUGCUCUGGUGUAACAUGUUGGUGGCUGUAACAAUUACUAUUCAACUAUAAUUAGGUCAAAUGAAAGGAACAUGAAAUAUUCAUCAACAAAUAACUAUUCUAAAUAAUAUGGCACGUGAUUUGCUGCAUCUGCCAUCCCAUGAUCGUUUCUUUCCUUAAUUUAUAGUUUUGAACUUCUGACUGUUUAUGAAAUAUUAGGUCUUAUUCCACAAUCAAAGUCUUCCACCUGUCAGUUAGACCCACCUCCUACUCUCUUGGUCAAAGCCUGUUUUUCUUCUCUAUCUGGUAACAAAUCAGGCACUGACCCUAAUAAUUUUCUCAAUUUUCAAUAUUCCAAUCCACCACUUUUUUUCAAAAAUAUUGUAAAAGAUUGUUGUAUUUCAGGUUCAUGCUCACCUUUAAAAAAAACAACCUGUCUGAAAAAUUUCAGUCUGGUUUUCAUCCAAUGCAUAUUACAGAGACUGCCAUGGUGAAAGUUAACAGUUUGCUUAUAGCAGCUGCUAACCAUACUUAUUCUACUUGAUCUGAGUUCUUUUUUAAGUUUAAGUCUCAUCAAGUUCUUUUAAAUAGACUAAUCAGGGGUAGACAACUUCGAUCUUAGAGAGCCUCUGUACUGCAGAGUUUAGUUCUAACCCUAUCAAAUAAACCUGAACAAGCUAAUCAAUGUCUUCAGGAUUUCUAAGGCUAUAAGCUGCUGAGGUUUUUUUCAGGGUUGGAGCAGGACAGCAGAUCUCUAGGACCAAAGUUGCCACCUCUGGACUAGUCUAUCACUGGUGUUACCCUCACCUGGUUUAGAUUUUAUUUCUCUGGGUGCACUCAAUUUGUCCAACUUAAAAAUGUCAGAUCAUACUCUUCAUCUCUUACCAUGGUGUUCCUUAAGGCUGUGUCUUUGUCACGUCAUCGUCACGAUUCCAAAGCCAGAACACACGUGAACCGUGACCUGACUGCUGAUCACAUGCACCUGUGCACCCAAUCACCCACAGUAUAAAUACUUACCUGUUUGUGUUACUCACCUGCUGGUAUCAAACUAACCUGGGUCCUUUUGUCAGUGGAUGUAAGCUACUCCGUCAGUGUUCCUUCUUCACGAGGUACUUCAGUAGGAUUCGGACUUAAACGGCUCUGUGGAGGAAGGAGAUUUAACGACAUUUAAAGGGAAGUGUCUGAGUGUUUCUUUUGGAAUGAUUUGUUUACAUAUUGAAUACUUACCUGAGUUUACCGGCAUUGUUGUGAAUCACCUGCAAAAAGAAACUGAACUACUUACCUGUUUACACCGUGUCGCAUCAC